AUGGCACACAAACUCGGCAUAUUCCCGGCCUCUGGAGGCCUCGGAGGCAGUACCCUGAGCCACCUUCUUGACUUAGUCCCAGGCAAUGAAGUGGUUCUCGUCGCUCGCAGUCCAGAGAAGCUCUACAAAGAGGAAGCCGCUGGAGCCAUUGUUCGUCAAGCCGAUUAUGACAAUGCCCAGACACUUGACCACGCCUUUGACGGAAUUUCCUCUCUAAACCUGAUCUCCUAUGCCAGUAUUCAAAACGAGCAUCGGUUCACGGUCCAUAAAGCCGCGAUCGAUGCGGCUCGAAAGAGCGGCGUUAAGCACAUCUUCUACUCGUCUCUUGCAUUCGCCGGUGAUGGAGAUCUCAAUACCAAGGCCCAAGUUAUGCUUGCCCACCUUGCCACGGAGAAAUACCUAGCCCAGCUCCAUGCCCAGGACCCGCAGUUCACGUACACGGUCGUUCGCCAAGGGCUAUACUCGGAGUCCUUCCCACUCUACACUGCCUUCUUCGAUCUGAAGGCUCCUUCUAAUGAGAUUCGUAUCCCGCACAACGGCUCCGCUCCUGGCCUUGCAUGGGCCAAGCAAGACGAGCUGGGUGAAGCAACCGCAAAACUCAUUGCACAACACGCCCGAGAUCCUGCUGCUUUUCCUUAUUUAAACAAUACCAUCCUCCUCUCUGGCCCUCGGGCUUGGUCGCUCAAUGAAACAGCGGAUGUAUUCAGCCGCGUGCUGAAGAUGCCAAUCAAGGUCCGCCAGGUACAUGUGGACGAGUACGUCAAACAACAACAGGUCCAGAAUGGUCUCACGUAUGGCGGUGGCAACUGGGCGCCUCUCUGGGCGACUGCUUUUGAUGGGAUCCGUGAUGGCGAGUGUGCAGCAGUUACCCCGAAUUUGGCGAGAAUACUAGGCCGUGAACCGGAGCCGUUUGAAACGACAAUUAGGAACAUGCUUUCCACUUAA